GAAGGGCUUGUUGUGACGUCAUAAAUGUAUGAGAUCGUAGAUGGCGGGAAGUUGGACAGAAGUAUAACCAUUAUCGUUCAACAUGACAUCACCUGGACGUCCAAAUCGAAAGGGGAAAAAGAAAAAGAGUCAAGAUGAUACAUUUCAAUAUUCUGAUAUGUGUUUAUUUUGUGAAACAACAGAUGACAACGAAGAAAUUUUCGGGCGUAAAGUACAAAAAUGUAGAAUGACAGUCCAUUAUUUCUGUAUGCUUUUUUCAAGUGGGCUUUCACAGAAAGGUAAAACAGAAGAAGACGGGAUCUUCGGGUUUCUCCCGGGAGAUAUCUGGAAAGAAAAAUCCAGAGGUUCACGUCUUAAAUGUACGUUCUGCCGCCGAAAUGGAGCUACGAUAGGUUGUGUUGUGAAAAACUGUCGUAAAGUCUUCCAUUUUGGAUGUGGCCAAAAAGCUGGUGCUUUGAACCAAUAUUUUGACUCUUAUAGUUCAUUCUGCCCUAGCCACAGACCUCGACAAGCAUGCCAAGUGAGUGACCGCCUAUCCUUCUUUGGAACUGCCAACAGUAUGUGUGUAAUCUGCAUGAAUGCUGUAGAAGCUCGUGCCUCCAAUGACACACUGCGAGCACCAUGCUGUAAGAACACCUGGUUCCAUCGUACAUGUAUCCAACGUCAAGCAUUAGCUGCUGGAUUACACUUCUUCAAAUGCCCUCUCUGUUGUAAUAAAGAACUAUUUCAGGCAGAGAUGUUACAAAUUGGAAUCUAUAUUCCUGAGCAAGAUGCCGCUUGGGAAAUGGAGCCCCAUGCCUACCAAGAGCUGCUGGAGCCAUACACUCAUUGUGACCUUGAUGUUUGUUUGUGUCCACGGGGUCGAAAGUACAACAAAGAUGACAGCAAAUGGGAAAUUAUCGUGUGCCAUUGGUGUGGUUCUCAAGGAUGCCAUGUAGGCUGUAUCUCAAACAAGUCCCUCUCUCGGCCCACCCGAUGGUCAUGUCCUCCUUGUGAGGCUAUAGACUGUGAACUGCGGAAAGAACGUAAAAAAAAAAAAUGUUCACCAAAACAAGCUGACUAUUCUGUAGACAUGCCAGGAAGCAAGUCAAACCAAAAACUAUGUCCAAGUGAAUGUGUAAGCCGUAAGCUGCCUGUAAAACGUUCAACCACUCUAAAUAGUAACACAGAUGUCAGAGAUGAUAAUAGUGACAGUCAGACUGCUAAUAAUAAUAAUAACAAUAACAAUAAUGCCAUCUCUCCAGUAACUUAUAGAAAACCUGGAGUAAGAAUUAGUCGGCGAAAUUUUUGGAAACGAGGUAUGUUUAAACGGAACAAGAAGAAAAAGCCUGCUACUCUUACACUGGCUGAAGCAUUACAAUCUGGCACUGUGUCUAACUGCAAUAAUCCUCAAAUUUCUACUCCAGGAAGCCCUGUAGCAACUUGUUCAGGUGUAAUAAACAAAGAAUGUGAAGGUGGAUCUUCAUUGCAACAUUCAAACUCUUCAUUAGACCUCACUCCAAAAUUUAAAAAAGCAUUCCAGAAACACAGAAAACAAAAAAAUUCUGAAGCUGAUGUGCUUGUUGACAUCAAAAACCAGACAAAGCUCUGUGUUAAUAAUUCUAAAUGUGCUAAAAGUGGUUUGGAAAAGAACUCCAAAUCCCAAAUAAAUGUUCCCUAUGUUCUGCGUAGGCGUGGUAAGGCUGUUGCAUCUUCGGCUUCACCAUCCAAACACCAGAAUCGCAGAAGACUGCGUUCUGACAUGAAAAGUGACCUUGCUGGACCAUGGACUGUGCCAAGGAAAACCUGUGAAAAUGUUCCCCAUAAGAGAACUAAGCUUGUUGACUUAACUAUGAAUAGCGGCAAUAUGGUUGAAAUUGAUUUAACAACGAGCCCGUCCAGUAGCUAUCUUGAUAUAAGUAGAGAAACUGGUCAAAUAUCUGACAUCUCAGAGGAGAUGGUUGGUAACUCUGCAAUGUCACUGAUUUCCAAAGCUAAACAAAGCCGUAAUUAUUUCAACAAAGAAAACUCUAAUGUUGAUCCUUUAGUUAGCUGUGACUGUAAUGACUGUUCAUGUUUUGUACUGAUUUCUGAUGAUGAUGAUGAUGAUUUCAUUCAGAUACCAGUAGUCUUAAGUGAUUCAGAAGAAGGAACUGUCUUUGACAAUCUGCAAGAUGAGAAGUGUGAUGUUGCUUCAUGUGACUGCAAGUCUGUUAAUUGGGAGUAUAAUAAACUCAAACUGUCCAUCGAAAAAGAAUCAUUUUCAGGAAAUUCUGAUAGUCAAAAUCUCAUUUCCAGUUGUUACCAAAAGCAACUAGUACAAGAAGCUUCUUGCUCGUCAUCAUCAUCUCUUUCCAGCAGUUUUUCAUCCAUCAUCACCCUAAGCACUUCUGAGACUGAACUUGGCAAAGGUUGUGGAGAACUAGAUAGUAACUCUUGUGCUUUCGAAUCCAACACAGUUUUCUAAAUCGAAACAAAUAAGACAUUUGUAUUUGUGUCCACUAACAUUUACAUAUCACCAAAACAAUAAAGCAAAGUAUCAUCAGGCCUGGGUCGUAUCUGCAUUUGCAGCAUAUCCUUUUUGUAUCAGUCAGGUGUAUUUGAGCAGCAAUUCCAUUUGUCUUUCCUCGACAUUCAUAACUAGUAUCAUUUUUAUAAAACUUUUUUUUUUAAUUCCUUUAUUUUGACACUAUAAAUCAAAGAAUUUUUAUCCUUUUGAAGAUGAUCUUUUAUAUGCCUUUUCCCGAGAGUACCAAAUGUAGGGUAAAUCAACUUUAGCCUUGCACUUGCCCCACCUCUUUAUCUUUGGUAAUUCAAUAUUGAUGCAGUUACUAUGCAAGCUUGCUUCUUAAAUGUAAACUGCAUUAUAUAUUAUUUCAAUCAAACAAAGGAAAUCAAGUUGAUUAAAUUACAAUUUUACAAGUUACUUAAACUUAUUUACAUUUUUCUUGUAUAAUGUCACUAAAUAUUGGAAGACAUGCCUUAAGUUGUAUAAAUAAAAGAGAAACCUAUUUUGAAGCUUUUUGAACAAAAUUUCAUCCUGUCAAACCAUCCAUUUGUGACAUUUAUGGAACAUAAAGAAAUGUAAAAGGAAAGUGUAAAAUGGAAGAUUUACUUGCGUUUUAAACAUUUUAUGGCUCUUAAGAAUACGUCUGCUUCUCAUCUCAAUAAGAUGUUGGAGAGCAGAAUAGAGAAAAAGUGUAUUUAGUUAGAUAGAAAUCAUUUGUCACCAGCAACCAUAGUAGACGAAGAGAGACAACUACUUUAUGUGGUUAGGGCAUGAUUGUUCUUUCAAAUAGUUGCUUUCACAGUCUUAGUAUCAGUAACAUUUUCUAUUUCAUGUAAUAACCCUUAUUAUGAGAUAAAUCAUGAAAUUGAAUUAUAGUAGGAAAAUUAAAGGGAUUUAUUAAAAGAAAAAAAAAAAGCUGCUAGUAUAUAGUCAACUUGCUUUAUCUUUUGAA